AUGUUGAGCAAAAGCUCUCGGUUACUACGACGAUGCUUUCAGACAGAAGUAGAUGUAAUCGUUAUUGGUGGUGGUCAUGCAGGUUGUGAAAGUGCUGCUGCUUCCGCUCGAUGUGGCUCAAAAACCAUUCUGGUGACACAAAACAAGAACACAAUCGGGGAAAUGAGUUGCAACCCGAGUUUCGGAGGAAUUGGCAAAGGACAUUUAAUACGAGAAGUUGAUGCUUUAGACGGACUUUGUGCCCGAAUCUGUGAUAAAUCCGCAAUCACUUACCAGGCUUUGAAUAGAGCGCAAGGACCAGCAGUGUUAGGACUUCGAGCACAAAUCGAUAGAAAAUUGUACAAAAAACAUAUGCAAAAUGAGAUAAAUUCAACGGAAAGGUUAGAGGUUGUCGAAGGAGAAGUGGCGGAAUUGAUUGUGAAGAACAAAAAAGUUGUUGGAGUGAAAAUGGCGAAUGAUACAAUUAUAAGCACAAAAUGCGUCGUAAUCACAACAGGAACAUUUCUGAGAGCUCAAAUUUAUCAAGGAAUGAAAGUAUGGCCAGCUGGAAGGAUAGGAGAGAAAAGUUCAGAUAAAUUAUCAGAAAGUUUCUUACAACAUGGAUUUGAACUAGGAAGACUUCGAACAGGAACACCACCUCGUCUAAUGAAAGAUUCUAUUGAUUUCUCAAAGUUCGAAAUGGUGAAACCCGAUCAGAAACCGAUUCCAUUUUCAUUUUUAACGGAAAAUAUAUGGAUAAAGUAUGAAGAUCAGCUGCCAACGUAUUUGGGACAUACAAAUGAAGAAACGUGCCGAAUUGGUCAAGAAAAUAUGCACGAGAAUUAUCAAGUUGCAUCGGAAACUACUUCCCCAAGAUACUGUCCAUCUUUCGAAUCGAAAGUUCUCCGCUUCCCAAAACUUCAACAUCGUCUGUUUCUAGAACAUGAAGGUCUCGAUUCCCCACAUAUUUAUCCACAAGGAAUGUCGAUGACGUUCAAACCAGAAGUUCAAAAAGAAAUCUUUCGAGCUAUCCCUGGACUUGAAAACGUGGAAAUCUUUCAACCUGGAUAUGGAGUGCAGUACGAUUUUGUGAAUCCAAAGCAGCUAAAGAAAACGUUAGAGACACAAAAAGUAGAAGGAAUGUUUUUGGCUGGACAAAUAAAUGGAACUACUGGAUAUGAAGAGGCUGCUGCUCAAGGAGUUGUCGCUGGAAUCAAUGCUUCUGCGAGAGCACAAAAUGAGCCAGCUAUGGAGAUUUCGAGGACUGAAGCUUAUAUUGGUGUUCUUAUCGACGAUUUGACGAGUCUGGGAACGAACGAACCAUAUCGAAUGCUAACUUCUCGCGCAGAAUUUCGACUUCAUUUGAGACCAGAUAAUGCGGAUAUUCGACUGACAGAACUCGGAAGACGUCACAAUGCAAUCAGUGACGAACGAUGGUCGAAAUUCUCGAAAACUAGAGAUGCUCUCAACGAUUUGACUGAGAAAACUGAACAAAUGAAAAUGAGUGUUGUGAAAUGGAAGCGAGUGAUUCCGAAAAUGUCAGCAACGACACGAAAUGAGGGAAAAGUAUUGUCAGCAUUCGAACUGGUUCAUCGAUAUGAUUUGGGAAAAGAAGAUCUGGAGAUGGGACUGGAAGAUGUAAAAGUAGACGAAAAUAUUCUUGAGAGGCUGAAAAUUGAAGGAAGAUAUCGGAUGGAGCAUGAGAGAAUGAAGGCGAAGAAACAAGAAAUAGAUCGGGAAUCUGCCACCGAAAUCCCGGACAAUAUCGAUUUCUCGAAAAUGCGCGGAAUGAGUUUGGAAUGCAUCGAGAAGUUGGAGAGAGCUCGUCCACGGAAUCUUGCAGCAGCUACCCGCAUAUCUGGAAUUACACCGGAAGCCAUUGUGGUGUUGAUGAGAUAUUUAAAGAGUCCUGCUGUUGUGAGAGCCACGGUGUAG